AUGUCUUCUGUUGAUUCAUCAAAAGAAGAUACAAUGUCAUCAGAAAAAACAGAUGAGAAACAACCUGAAACUGAAAACAAAACUGAGGAAAGUGAUGAAGAUGAAGAAGAGGAGGAGGAGGAAGAAGAAGAAGAAAAAGGUCUAAUUGUUGAAGGAAAAAGGGAGAAGAAGAAGGUUGACCGACUGACCAUGCAAGUGUCCUCACUGCAGAAGGAACCUUUUACAAUUACACCGGGAAAAGGACAAAAACUCUGUGAAAUUGAGAGGAUACAGUUCUUUCUGAGUAAAAAGAAGACAGAUGAACUUAGGAAUCUGCACAAACUCCUCUACAACAGGCCAGGCACUGUUGCAUCCCUAAAGAAGAAUGUGGGUCAGUUCAGUGGGUUUCCAUUUGAAAAAGGAAGUGACCAAUAUAAAAAGAAGGAAGAAAUGUUAAAAAAAUUUAGAAAUGCAAUGUUGAAAAGCAUCUGUGAAGUUCUUGACUUGGAAAGAUCAGGAGUCAAUAGUGAGCUUGUAACCAGAAUAUUAAACUUCCUUAUGCAUCCAAAAUCUUCGGGCAAGCCAUUGCCAAAGUCCAAAAAACCACAAAGCAAAGGUGGCAAAAAAGAGCGCACUAGCUCUGGAACGACAAGAAAAGCAAAACGUACCAAGUACCCAGAGAUCUUGUCAGAUGAAUCCAGUAGUGAAGAAGAUGAAAAGAAGGAAAAGGAUGAGUCUUCAGAAGAAAAAGAAAGUGAAGAUGAGCCCCCUAGAAAAGCAUCUAAAAGAGAAAAAUCUAAGAAGACGACUUCUAAAACCAAAAAGCCUGUGAAGGGUGCAAAUGUCAAGAAGGCAGACAGCAGCACUACUAAGAAAAACCAGAACAGUUCUAGAAAAGAAAGCGAGUCUGAGGAUAGUUCAGAUGAUGAACCUUUAAUUAAAAAACUGAAGAAACCACCCACCGAUGAAGAACUGAAGGAAACUGUCAAGAAUUUGUUGGCCAAUGCAAAUUUGGAGGAGGUUACAAUGAAACAAAUCUGCAAGGAGGUGUAUGAAAAAUAUCCUAGUUAUGAUUUAUCUGACAGAAAAGACUUCAUUAAGAAAACAGUCAAAGAGUUGAUUUCAUGAUCUGAUUUGACUGUGGGAAAUGAAGAUUCCUGGGUUUUUAUUUCCAUGGAUUUGAAGAUCUGAUAGGCACCAGCAAAAGGAAUGUGUUUUACCCUUGUAUUUUUAGUCAGAUCUAAUUCUGCUGAUCUAAUGUUAAGAGUGUUAAUGUAAAUUGCUUUGUGUGGUUUUUUUGUUGUUAAACAGAAAUGCAUUUGAUGCAAUUCUUAGUUGAACAUACUUAAGUUUCAUGCAUGGCAAUAAAUGUUCCCUUUUUAUAGUUUUGUACAUUUUGAAUUGCAUUGUAUAACUAGAUUCGUUAGAGCCAUCGUAGCUUUUUAGUGUGGAUUACCAGCGUACAGGAGAUUUUAAAAUUGACUGAGAUGGAAGCUGCUUAUCUACACAUAUACAUGCAGAGACUGGAAUAUUGCAGUAUUGGUUACAGAGAUAUUUUGAAUACGUAUUAAUUCUGAAAAUAAGAAGAGUUAGUCACAUAUUAAUCUCUUUUAUAUUCUGAUACAUUCUACAGAUACAGAAUUAUUCUGAAUCUAGGCUACAGUCUUGCAUGUGUAGGCACUGAAAGAACUCUCACAGCAUGGUAACUAAUUGGCAUAUAGAUGUUAUUUUUGUACUUUCAGAAGGCUUUUUGUUGUGUAUAUAAAGUUAUUUCAAAUUUCUUUUGUGCAAAUCAGUUUUUUAAUCUUGGUAUCUUUGAAUUUAUGACAUGAAAUGUCAGUGUUCAGCAGUGAGGCAGUGAUAACAAGUGGUGUGAAGAAGUUUCAUGAAAAUGAGCUGAGGUUUCACGAUGUUUGUCUCAUCUUACCUUGUACAAAAACUAAACUGUAGGUUUAUACCCUUAGUUUUACUUUAUACAAAGACUACAGACAUUGAAACAAUGUCUUGGAUGUAGUAAAUAAAAUCCCUCCAAAGGCAAUAGGAAAAUUUCUAGUGUCUCACAAGUGGAUAUCCAAGAUAUACAGCUGGAGGCUUGAUAGCUUUGGAAAUCCACAGUAGGGCUUCCAAAUUGGAUAGCGCUGAUGUGAACAUGUAUUUAGCCUCUCUUCUGUGUGGGAAAGCUUUUCUGACCCUGAGCUUCAUUGCCUCAGCAUGAACAAUGGUACUUGUAAGCCUGCAGUUUUUAACUGUGGCUGGCAGCUUUUAGGAUCAAAGUGAACUCUGUGUGUAAGUUUUUGUUUUUCUCCAUACACCUUGUUUCUAGUAUGGGAAGUCCUACACUUAAAAUCAUGAAACUAAGAGCUGCCGAAGUGUGGGCAGCCAUUCACACCAUGAGCACAGAAUCCCUCUGACUAGUAUUGCUGGAAAGACAAAGUGUAUUUUUUUGAAUUUUAUUAUUGUACAGUUGAGAAGUAAGGGUUCAUAAAUUAUCUAAAUUCCAGAAAUGUUCAGCCAGUUAGACUGUUGAUCUUACACACAUAUUUUGAAUUUCUUUGCGUGUAAUCAUUUAUAAUAAGGCUGAAUGUAAUGGGGAUUUUUUGUAUUCAAUAAAUGUCUUUCACAAAAAUGUAACUCAGUUUUAAUCUAACAUUUGCUUACAUGUAUAGUAAAAAAAACUAUACAG